AUGUUGCUCCAUUCUCUUGUGGCAGCAUUAGCCGGUGGACUCGUGCUUCAGACCGUUGCCAGCCCUAUCACCUACGAGGUUGCUGGGGUUCAGCGAAAGUGUGAAGUUCCUGUAACACACGCCCUUCACGAGCGUCACUUGCCUCACUGGGAGGGACAAUGGCAAAAGAGAAGCAAAGUUCCAGACCACCAAGUUUUGCCCAUGCGCAUUGGUCUGAAGCAGUGCAACCUCGAGGCUGGCCAUGACAAACUCAUGGAGAUCUCGACUCCUGGAUCUGAGAACUACGGAAAGCAUAUGACUCCGGAAGAGAUUGUUGAUUUCUUCGCCCCUGAACAGUCGACAACCGACAUCGUCCUCGAAUGGCUUGCCGAAUCUGGAAUCAGCGCGGAUCGCGUCGCAGUCUCUGCCAACAAACAGUGGAUCCAAUUCGAUGCAGCAACCUCCGAGGUCGAAGACCUCCUCAUCGCCGAGUUCUACGUUUGGGAGCACGCCUCAGGAUCUCAUGACAUUUCGACUGAAGCCUAUCACGUGCCCUCCCACAUUCAAGAGCACAUUGACUACAUUACUCCUGGUACCAGACUCCGGCAAAGAAACAUCAAGGCUACGCGCCACGCCAAGCGUGAAGACUCGAAAGUGAUUGCGAAACCACUCAUCACCAAGCUUCCUGGAUUCCCGCACCCAAACUCCAGCGUCUGUGACAUCUAUGUUACCGCUGAUUGCACGCGAGUUCAAUAUGACAUUCCAGACGCCACCACGGCUGCACCUGGCAACAAGCUCGGCAUCUUUGAGUCUCUUGAUGUUCACUACAGCAGAAAGGAUCUUGAUAUCUACUUCAGCACUCUUUACCCUCAUAUACCCAAUGGAACUUAUCCCGAGGAGGAUCUAAUCGACGGUGCUAUUGGAGCGAUCGAAGACACAACGGAGUUUGUUCCCAUCGAUCUCGAAGCUCCCUUGGACUUCGACUCUGCGUGGCCACUGAUCUACCCCCAGGGACUUGUUCUUUACCAAGAAGAUGACGAGUACUAUGAGUCAACUGGCAACUUCACGGGUUUCUGGAACACUUUCCUCGAUGCCAUCGACGGUAGCUACUGCACCUACAGCGCCUUCGGCGAGACAGGCGAUUGCACGGAUCCAGCAUGCGUUGAUCCAGCCUACCCCGAUCCAAACCCUGGUGGAUAUAAAGGUGCGCUCCAGUGCGGUGUCUACAAGCCAACCAACGUGAUCUCGAUCUCAUACGGCGCCGACGAGUCCGGCCUUCCAGACUUCUACAUCAAGCGCCAGUGCAACGAAUGGAUGAAGCUCGCUCUGCAAGGAACGACCAUUGUUAUGUCUUCUGGCGAUUCCGGUGUUGGCCCAGAUACCUGCUGGGGUGAAGAUGGCAAGAUCUUUGACCCAGAUUUCGCCAGCACUUGCCCGUACGUGCUCUCAGUUGGUAGUACAGAAUGGGACCGCUUCGACGCCUCGGUUCCCCCUACCCCAGGCGAGAAACUGAACGAGAUUGCUACUCGAAGAUUCCCUAGCGGCGGUGGCUUCUCCAAUGUCUUUGGAAUCCCAGAUUACCAGCGCGAUGCUGUUUCUGCCUACUUUGACCAGGUGGAGAAGACUCUUGGUUUCAGUGGAUAUCACCAUUUCGUUGAGAAUGGUAACUUCAGCAGCGUUACAGGCGGUGUUUACCAUCACGGUGGGCGUGCAUACCCGGAUGUCGGUGCUGUUGGUGAUCGCCAGGUUGUUUACUCCAAUGGAUCGUGGUGGUUGGUGGGCGGAACAUCCCUCGCUUCGCCUGUUUGGGGCGCGGUCUUGACUCUUGUCAACGAAGCGCGUAUUGAGGCUGGUAAAGGCCCUGUUGGGUUCAUUCAUCCGAUUCUGUAUCAACACCCAGAGGCAUUCACCGAUAUCACUGUUGGUAGUAACCCUGGAUGCGGCUCGCCUGGUUUCCCAGCGGCUCCUGGAUGGGAUCCCGUUACUGGCCUUGGCUCUCCAAAUUUCCCUGUUUUGCUAAAGGUUCUGAUGGCAGUCUAG